CACAACCAGAAAGUCUUCCAGGAUGAGUUACUCAUUGGAAACCAUAGGAAACCCCUCUUAUAGGAGGAUGGCAGAAACCAGGACUAGCUACAGUCGGACCAGCAGCACCCCAUCCAGCGGGUUCAGGUCCCAGAGCUGGUCAAGGAGCAGUCCCACCACCAUCUCCUCUUAUAAGAGGACCAACCUCGCUGCCCCAAGAGUCUACAGUUCUAAUGAUAGCUUGGAUUUCAGCCAGUCUUCUGCCUUCAAUGGGGACCUCAAGCAGGUUCGUUUCAGCGAGAAGGAGCAGCUUCAAGGGCUCAAUGAUCGCUUUGUUGGCUACAUCGAGAAGGUCCAUUUCCUUGAGCAGCAGAACAAGGAGAUAGAAGCUGAGAUCCAGGCCCUCAGGCAGAAGCAGAGUGGAUAUUCCCAGCUGGGCGAGGUCUACGAGCAGGAGAUGAGAGAACUACGCGUAAACCUAGAACUUCUUGGCCACGAUAAGGCGCAGAUCGUGCUGGACACGGAACACCUGGAGGACGACCUGCAGAGGCUGAAGGAGAGGUUGGAAGAGGAGGCUCGUAUCAGGGAUGAAACGGAGGCCGCAAUCAGGGCUAUGAAAAAGGACAUGGAGGAUACGUCCUUGGUGAAGGUGGAGCUGGACAAGAAGGUGCAGUCCUUGCAAGAAGAGGUGGCUUUCAUCAAGAACAACCACGAAGAGGAGGUCGGUGAGCUCCUAGCGCAAAUCCAAGCCUCAUCCAUCACAGUGGAGAGGAAAGACUUCCAGAAGACCGACCUGGCCUCUGCCCUGAGGGAGAUCCGCUCCCAGCUGGAAGGCCACUCUAGCCAAAACAUGCUCCAGACCGAAGAAGUCUUCAGGAAUAGGUACGCCAAGCUGACCGAGGCUGCAGAACAGAACAAAGAAGCAAUCAGAUCGGCCAAAGACGACAUCGCAGAGUACAGGAGGCAACUGCACAGCAAGACGGUGGAGCUGGAGUCGGUCAGGGGCACCAAGGAGUCUCUGGAGAGGCAACUCAACGACAUCGAGGAGAGACACGGCCACGAUCUGACCAGCUAUCAGGAAACCAUCCAGCAGCUGGACAAUGAGUUGAGAGGAACAAAGUGGGAGAUGUCGCGUCACCUGAGGGAGUACCAGGACCUGCUCAAUGUCAAGAUGGCUCUGGAUAUAGAAAUUGCUGCAUACAGGAAACUUCUAGAGGGUGAAGAGACCCGGUUUAGCUCAUUCUCUGGUGUCCCUACUGGACCCUCUGCUAUUCACAGGCCAACCCCAAUAUCCUCCACUCGGGUGCAACAGGCACGAGCAGAACCACCAAGGGUGAAAGUGCAACAUAAAUUUGUAGAAGAGAUUAUUGAAGAGACAAAGGUUGAGGAUGACAGGUCAGAUAUGGAAGCAGCACUAGCUGCCAUGGCAGAUGAAUUUGCCUUAGGCUUUGAAGAGGGAGGGGAAGAAGAGGAACAGGGAGAGGAGACACAAGAGGGAGAAGAAGAAGCUGAGGAGGAAAUUGUGGCAGCUGUAGAAAGUAGUGUUCAAGCUGCUGCUCCAGGAGAAGAGGCAGAGGGAGAGGAGGAAGAAGAAGAGAAGGGGGAGGAGGAAGCAGAGGCAGAGGAGGAGGGAGAAAAGGAAGAGGAAGAAGAGGGGGAAGAUGAGGGAGAGAAAGUAGAUGAAGAAGAAGAGGGAGGAGAGCAAGGAGAGGAAGAAGAUGUAAAAGCAGAGGAAGAGGAAGAGAAAGAGGAAGGAGAGGAAGACGCAGAGGUAGAAGAAACUAAGGCAGAAGAGGGUGAGGAAGAGGGUGAGAAAGGAGAAGAUGAGGCAGAAAAAGAAGAGGGAGGAGAGGAGGAAGAAAAGGAAGAAGUAGCAGCAGAUGAGGAAGGUGGUGAAGGAGAAGAGGAAGGCGGUGAAGGAGAAAAAGAUGAAGACAAAGGGGAGGAAGAAAAAGAGGGAGAGGCAGAGGCAGAGGAAGCAGAGGGGGGAGAAGAGGAAACCACUGAGGAGGCACAGGCUGAGGAAGUAGUGGAAGAGACCAUGACAGAGACUAAGAUUGUUAGGGAGAAAGCAGAAGUGCAGGAGACAGAAGCUGAGGAGGAAGAGACACAAGAUGCAGAGGAGCAAAAAGAUGAAGGAGAGGAUGAGGAGACAGGUGAGGGUAAAGAAACAGAGGAAAAAGAGGAAGGGGGUGAGGAAAAAGAAGAUGCAGAUGAGGGCACUGAGCAACAGGAGGAAGAGAAGGCAGAGGAAGAGAAGGGAGAAAUUGAUGAGGGAGAAACUAAGGAGGGAGCUGAAGAAGAUGCUGGAGAGGACAAACAAGCAAAAUCCCCAGAGGAGAAGAGUGCUGAAGAGACAAUCUCUGUAUCCAAAGCUGCAUCUGUAGGAUCAGAAAAGGAAAGUGCCAAACAAGAGGAAGAAAAAAGCACCCAGAGGGAUGAUGGAAAGGAAGAUACAGCAGUGAAUGGAGAUGUGGAAGAGGGGGAGGUAAAGGAAGAGAGUGAAGACAAAGCUGUGGUCACCAAUGGCCUGGAUGACAGUCCAUCCGAGGAUAAGGAGAGCAGCAAGGGCCAGCAGACUGUAGUCAUAACAAAAAAAAUUGAAACCACAACAAGUGAAGGUGAGGAUGGUACAAAGUACAUCACCAAGUCAGUCACAGUCACGCAAAAAGUGGAAGAGCAUGAGGAGACCGUCCAAGAGAAGCUGGUAUCCACCAAGAAGGUGGAGAAGGUCACAUCACAUGCAGUAGUCAAGGAAGUUACUGAGGACAAGUGAGAUAAGAGGUACAACAAUUGCAGCAAGCAGCAGGACUGAACAAGCCAUAACACAAACUGCAUGAAAGUGAAAGCUUCUAAUGGGCUUCUAGCAGAAGGGGGUUCUCUCUUGGGUUGGGGGCUCCAGACACUGUAAUACUACUUUCUGUGCAAUAUUUGUGGGGAAAAUAUGCAUGCAAGCUCCAGGUGUCCCCCACCCACACAACUUCGGCAAUUUACAAAAAAAUCCAAAAAAAAAAUCAAAACAAUUGACUGCAUGAUACGUAAAUGAUGAGGAACUAUUUUGGGUUUCCUAAGUUGCUGUGGGUGUGGGCUAUGACUGAUGGUCCAGUCAAUGCAUAGCUAUGGGUCUUGAGCUGAAUUAUGCAAAGAACCAACUGAGCCAAAUAAAAGGGGGUAGGGAGACAGUGAAACAGAAAUUUUCUCGCCUUAAUAAAAGAAGUCUAUCCUUAUGUUUACCUCACUGGUGCAAUUAAUACAGACUGCAGGUCAUGAGAGAACCUAGGAGAAUUGUGACACAACCUGUUGAUGGGUUAUGUAGAAGUGAACCUUGCUCAAUAAAAAGGUUAUAGUGAAAAUGUCAAA